AUGACCUGCCGCUCCUACAGGGUCAGCCCGGGAUGUGGGGUCACCAGGACCUUCAGCUCGUGCUCAGCUGUGGCCCCCAAAACUGGCAGCCGCUGCUGCCUCAGCGCUGCCCCUUGCCGAGGGAUGUCCUGCUACCGGGGGCUGACGGGCUUCGGCAGCCGCAGCGUCUCAGCCCUGGGAUCCUGUGGGCCCCGCAUAACGGGGGGCGGCUUCCGCGCUGGCUCCUGCGGCCGCAGCUUCGGGUACCGCUUCGGCGGCGUGUGCGGCCCCAGGCCGCCCUGCAUCACCACCGUGUCGGUCAACGAGAGCCUCCUCGCGCCCCUCAACCUGGAGAUCGACCCCAACGCACAGUGUGUGAAACACGAGGAGAAGGAGCAGAUCAAGUGUCUCAACAGCAGGUUCUCUGCCUUCAUCGACAAGGUGCGCUUCCUGGAGCAGCAGAACAAGCUGCUGGAGACCAAGUGGCAGUUCCACCAGAACCUCCAGUGCCGCGAGAGCAACCUGGAGCCCCUGUUCCAGAGCUACGUGGAGACGCUGAGGCGGGAGGCUGAGCGUGUCGAGGCCGACAGCGGGAGGCUGGCCUCGGAGCUCAGCCACGUGCAGGAGGUGCUGGAGGGCUACAAGGAGAAGUAUGAAGAGGAGGGGGCUCUGAGGGCCACAGCAGAGCACGAGUUCAUGGUUCUAAAGAAGGACGUGGACUGCACCUAACUGCGGAAGUCAGACCUGGAGGCCAACAUGGAGGCUCUGGUGGAGGAGUCUAGCUUCCUGAAGCGCCUCUAUGACGAGGAGCUCCAGGUCCUCCACGCCCACAUCUCAGACACCUCAGUCUUCGUCAAGAUGGACAACAGCCGGGACCUGAACAUGGACUGUUUCAUCGCCGAGAUCAAGGCUCAGUACGAUGAUGUUGCCAGCCGCAGCCGGGCCGAGGCUGAGUCCUGGUACCGCAGCAAGUGGGAGGAGAUGAAGGCCACGGUGAUCCGGCACAGGGAGACCCUGCGCCGCACCAAGGAGGAGAUCAACGAGCUGAACCGCAUGAUCCAGAGGCUGACGGCCGAGGUUGAAAAUGCCAAGUGCCAGCGGGCCAAGCUGGAGGCUGCCGUGCCCAAGGCAGAGCAGCAGGGCGAGGUGGCCCUUAAUGAUGCCCACUGCAAGCUGGCCGGGCUGGAGGAGGCCCUGCAGAAAGCCAAGAGGGACAUGGCCUGCCUGCUCAAGGAGUACCAGGAGGUGAUGAACUACAAGCUGGGCCUGGACAUCGAGAUCGCCACCUACAGGCGCCUGCUGGAGAGCGAGGAGCACAGGCUGUGCGAAGGUGUGGGCUCUGUGAAUGUCUGCGUCAGCAGCUCCCGCGGUGGAGUCAUGGGGGGACUCAAGUAUAGCACCACCCUGGGCCGCCAGAAUGCCUCUGGCCCCGUGGCCACUGGGGGCAGCAUCACAGUGAUGGCGCCCGAGUCCUGCGCCCCCUAUCAGCCCCGCGUCUCCAGUUUCCGCUGCGGGAGCAGGUCCGUCCGCUUUGCCUAGAGUCUGAGGCCCCGCCUGUGUCCCCCGGGCACGGAAUGGUGUGUGAAUGGAAAAUGUGUGCUUGCUGCCAGAAUCCUCCACGUGUUCCUCCAAGGGAAAGACCCUCCACUGCUCUCCACCACCUUCUCACUUUAGGGAGUUGUUUCCUGGUUCUCCAACAGGCUUCAGUUAGAGAGAGUCAUUCCCAGCCCUUUUACUCAAUUCCGAUUUGACUCCUAAAUACCAGUGGCCAAUUUGUAUUAUUCACCAGGCUCUCUGGGACCCUACCCGUCACCCAGGGCCGCUGGACAUGCUGAAAAUUUGACCUUCUCCUGGCACAAGGAAUAAGCCUAACUCUACAGCCUGGUCUCCCACAGCCUGAGAAUCAGAGAGGAAGCAGCACCCCGCCACUUCCAGCAGCUCCCCUCUCCUGGCCGGGAAGGUCUCUGCAGGAAAGAAUUGCCCCUUGGUCAUUUUUGUUUGUGUUUUGCUUGUCUCUCUAACCAACUGCCUUCUUCUGGGUUAACCUGU